CAUUUCUUUGAGCUUUUAACAUUUAAUCUUAAUAAAGAUUAAAUCUGUUGUAAAUAUGGAAAUGUCCCUGUGACAUUUUGGUGCAGUUAUGUGGUAGAUUAUGGACCAGCCCGGCUCUUUUCAUCAGCUAUGAUAGCAGCCAUGUUCUCCUUUUGAGAUAAGCGGACCCAUAUUAUAAACAGGAUGUGAAGCUGAAGUUUAUUUAUUUUUGAUCUUACUCCUAUUCUUAUCAGAACACAGUGUGUACAAAACAGACCCACUGUUGCAAUUUUCCUGCCAAUUCUAGUGGUCACUACCAGUAGAAACAUGAUUCUGUCAGUCUAUACGUUUGUGUAAUUUGCAGAGCUUAUCAGUACAUAUUUUGGUCUCAUUCUGCAGGUCAGAGUUACAUGUAGCAGCCGCCAUAACGAUGGGUCGUGUGUGUAAGCGAGCUGUGGUCUGCCUCCUUCUCCUUACUCUGCUGAUUCUGUACUUACUGCCGUGGUCCUGGUCAGGCUCUCUGGAGUCUGUUAGUGCCUUCUUCAACUAUGACGAUGAAAUGUUGGGUCAGGAAAGACAAGGAAAAGUCAAAGAGUCCAGAUCCAAUCCGGAUGUUGUGACUGUGGCAGGGUUGGGACAGAGGAGGUUGUGCCCGCUGGGAAGUUUUCGACUGUCCACGAUGGAAACUUGUAUGCCAUGGCUUGGCUGCAAAGAGAUAACUAAUGAGGUGACCACUAAGAUCAACAUCGGAUCAGGGGCUGUGAAGAAGGUAACGGUUUACAAAGCUGUCUGGAGAAACCACACAGUGGCGUACAGCAAACUGAAGAAGACGGCUUAUCUCAAGUACUUCUCAAAAGGUAUAGAGAUGCUGAAGACCCUGCAACACCCUUCUGUUUUGCAGUUUGUGGGAUCAUGCAACACAACUCUUCUAACAGAGUUUUAUAAAUUUGGAUCUGCAACCUUCUUCAUUGAGAGAAUCCUAAAGUUGUAUUCAUACAGAAAGUUUGACAAUGUCCGGACAAGAUUUAACAUGGCUCUGAGUUACCUAGAGGCAAUACAUUUUCUACACAAUAGUCCAGUUGGCACACGAGUCAUGUGCGACUCAAACAGUGUCUACAAAACUCUAACCCAGUUUCUUGUCACACAGGAUUUUAAACUUGUCUUAGGCGACCUGGAUAGACUCCCAGAAGUAAAUCAUGAAGCAAAUCUUUUCAUCAAGUGUUUUUCAAAAAGAGUUAGAUCACAAUUUGUUGCACCUGAGCAGCUUUGGCCCUUUGAAAAUGAAACAUUUGAUUACUCAAGAAUGCCUUCUUAUGAUGAAAAAACUGACAUUUGGAAAAUUCCAGGUGUUGUUGACUACUUACUGGGAAAGGUAAAUGGAAGUGAAGUUAUCAGAUUACACUUGUUCAAAGUGCACCAACAAUGUCACAACAGGGACCCCAGGCAACGACCAACUACAAAGGUAUUGUUGGAGGAGUACAACAGGGUUAAGAAUAUGCUUUUUUUCCUGAACAUAACAUAGCAUAGUUCAUCAGACAGAGGGCAUUUCUUAGUUGUUGGAUAAAGAGCAUAGCCUGUUUUGUUUGAAGCUACAUUGUAAAAGAGCAAUUAUUGUCAGUCAAACCUGCCUCUUCCAGCCAGCCACCUGGCCAUAAGUUAUGUGAUAACAAUCACUUAUAUGGUAUUCCUGGUCCAUUUUUUUUCGUACUAUUAGGCACAUUCAAGCACCUGUCCAAGAAGCCCACGUUUGUAGACAGUGAACAACAUUAGUUGAAAGCACACUGAACAUCGAGAAUUGCAUUGAAACAUGCUGAACAUUUUUAAAUGAUGACAAACCUACACCACAUGAGGUCAGGUGUUGGGAUGGGUACUGGUUUAAGGAAUAUGUUGGGAUAACGGAUGCCUUUCAGCAAGGUAUGCCUGGCAUAAUGAUCUCAUGUCGUGCUUAAUGUAACGAAAAUAAUUUAGGUACAGGUUCCAAAAUUACUGAGUGUACUGAUACUAUACAUAUACUUGAAUAGACACUCAACUAUAUAACUUCUUGACUUAUUUUCUAUCAAUGUUAAUGCAAAUGCGUUAUUUCUGAAAAUUAAGUACUGGAAAAGAUGAAAACAUUAACAUAGUUUGGGCAAUGAAGUCAGCACUAUCUUUGGAAUGCACAGGUCCUCUGCAUACGAUACAUGAAGUCUAAAUAAACAUUCUAACGGUUUAUUCCUGUUUCUGUCAUCAUAAUUGGAAGACCACUGGUUACUUUUAG